GUAAAGCGGAACGCUAUUACAGCUCGAUGUUGCACCGAGCCCUUUUAGAGCGGACACAUCCCUAUAAAUGCUUUUCACCGGAAGCGCAACGUCCUCUUCUAGUGAUCCAACAUGGCGGUGAGUACUCUCUCACACCGUACUAUGGCGAUCAAACCUGUUCUUGGAGUUGUAAUCCUCAAUCAUCGGAGGCGUGGGACCAUCCAUACCGCAGUUUAUCAUACACAGACAUAGACCUUAUUGUGAACUAAUAAUCUACGGUCGUAUUUGUCCAGGAAAGGCGACAGAAAUGAGUUAAAGUCCGUAAAACCGAGUGAUGCUAACAUGCGAGCGAACGGAGAACACUGUCGUCCUCUGUGCUUGAAAUUAUGUUUAAAGAAUAAAUGUGACGCUACGUUUGUAAGAUUACUCGGUAUCCGGACAGUUUGGGACAUCUCGGCAGAUCGUUAGAAAUUUAAUAUUAAUGUUAUUAUGAGUGUAACUGUGAACGAGCAGCAGAAACCGGGGGGAUAUGUACGGACAUGUCCUCCGGCCUGCGCUCGUUUGACACAGCUGAGAGUUAUCUGGAGGGAAAGUGUCCUCUCUCUGGAUAUUAUCAUUUUAAUCGACCCUUAAAGUCUAAUUUAAGCCCAGUUUGAGAUCGACAGCCCACACAGCUCUUUAACUGAUUGAAAUAGUCAGGUAACCUGUGACAUGUCACCACCUGAACCUGCCCAGGUGUGUCAGUGAGGCGCUCUGAGUUUCCUUUUUUGACGUGUCUUUAACCUGCAGACAUUUUAAAACGUGUGUUUGGUGUUUCGUACAGGACCAGGGUGAGAAGAAGGAGAACCCCAUGAGAGAGCUUCGCAUCCGCAAGCUCUGCCUGAACAUCUGCGUCGGUGAGAGCGGAGACAGGCUGACCCGAGCAGCUAAAGUGCUGGAGCAGCUCACAGGGCAGACCCCCGUCUUCUCCAAGGGUGAGUUUAAGAGUCACAACAUCAGAGAGCUGAACUUUAUGGAUAUUACAAUUGGUUCCAAUCCCACAGUAACAGAUAUUUGGCUUCUAGAUGUCCAACAUGGUGAAUUUGAUCAGAACUGGUUCUCAGUCAGCGUGUGCUGCUGGUUAGGAAACAUACUAUUCAUAACUGCAGUUCAUUUCAUCCACUGUGGCCAAUAUUGGCUGUCACUGAGUGUAUGUAGCACCAGAACUUUGUGUUAAAAGUUGUACAAUAAGGAUGUGGAGGUAACACACUCUCAGGCCGCUUUUAGACGGAAACCAACUCCAUAGAAAACGGGAAAGUUUUGGUUUCAGUUUUUAUGCUGUGUUUACACAAAAACGCAAUGUGGUUGAAAACGCUGUAAUGUGAAUGCCAGGUCGCGCGUGUCGGUGUGACUGCGCUCCCAUAUAGACCAACAACGCAUAUGAAGAACAACUUCCAUAACUUAAAUAAUAACGACAGUGCGACUCGAAUGUGUAGCAUGGUGGUUGUUGUUGUUAUUUUCAAUGAAGCUGUGCAUGGCUAUGAUAAUGUAAGCGUGAGCCAGGAUGUCACAGGUUUGACUGUUUUCAGCGUUUUUGUACUUCAGAUAAUAGCGGGUCUAGCAGAGCGUUUACAACAUUUCCACUCUGGAGGGGGUUUUCACUUUGUUACGUUUUCAUCUCCUGAAAACGCAGUUGCCGUCUUAACGGACCCCCCUAAAUGAAACUAAAUUUUUCUGUUUCUAUGGAGACCGUUUCUGUCUAAAAGUGGCCUCAGUGCGUUUACAUGCACAGCUUAAUGUGGACCAAGUUCAUAACUCGUUUUUUUUUUUCCGCCCAAUCGGACUUCUAGCUGAGAAAAUCGAAUUAUUGACGUGAACGUGUCCUCCUCCCUAAAACUAGGGGGUGAUAUCGGUCUUUUCAGCGGCGCUGUUUCCUGACCUUUUUUGAAGAUGUCUCUAUUCCUCGUUCUUUGACCGUUCAUAUACUUUAACAUGUCCAUUUCUUUUAGGAGGGUAAGCAUAACGGCACUUUUCCUCGUGGUUUCCAAACAUGGACGUUCUUUCGUGUUUCAGCCAUGUUGCUGUUGCUUCCGGGUCGAAAGUUCUAAAAUGAUAGCGCCACUUCUUCUCUGGUGUUUUUGUUCCGGCGCACAUACACAUGCAUUGUCCAAUCAUACUCCGACUACGCUGGUUACAUAUAGAGAAAAUCAAAUUCCAAUCACAUUAUCUGGGUGUCUUAAUCGUAGUUUUCCAACUUGGAUUAUAGUUGGUUGAAGGUGUUCACAUGCACUUCAGUUGUCCAGUCUGAAUCGGAGUAGGGCGAUAAUUCGGUUUUCUCGAGUGUGAUGUAAACGGACUGACUGUUAGCAGCGAAUCACCUGCCCGUCUGUAUAAAUUCUUUUUUGGCCUUUGUGUAAUUCUCUUUUUCAUUAAUAUAUUUCAGCUUCACUAGUUUCCCUCUUACUUUCUUAGUUUUGUAUCACAGCUCAUUCAUACAGUGAAAGAACAGUCAGGGACACGACCGAGCACAUGAUAAACUCCAUCACAUGACGUUUUUGUGUUCAGUCUGAAGUCCACCCAUCGCUGCCGGAUUUCCUGCCAACAUUUGUUGUUGUUGUUGUUCAUUUAUAAACCAACAUGGUGAUUUCUGUCCCUGAUCGGAGCAGCAGUUUAAAAAUGUAGUGUUACAGUUUUGAUGAUCUGUCAUCAUGAGAGCUCAGAAGCAGCUUCAUGGCACCGGUUAUCUCAGACUGGAGCUUUUGGAUCUGUGGAGCCGUCAUAUCAAAAGAAAGCUCGAGUUUGUCACACUGGCUGUGUGGUUUUCCCCUCAGGUGAUAUUCCUGUCUCAACGCCGGGGAUGAGCGACUCUCAUUCAGUAUCAAUGUUAUUUAUGUUGAUACUGAAUGAGAGGGAGUAAAGGCUGAUAGUGACACUAACAAAGAGGAGAGAUGUUUCCGGGAAAUCUCCUGUCUUGAACUGUCAGUGUAAAUGAGUUUUCCUCUCAUUGUUGUUAUGGUGUAUUGACCAAUAAGAGUUACAGCUGUAAAUGAAGACACGCUCGAUUCUGUAUCUUAUUGGAACUUAAAAUAAAUGUUGACGGUGUCCUCUCUUCUUCUUCUUUCAGCCCGCUACACUGUGCGAUCAUUCGGUAUCCGCAGAAAUGAAAAGAUUGCUGUCCACUGCACCGUCCGUGGAGCCAAAGCAGAGGAGAUCCUGGAGAAAGGACUCAAGGUAACGACGUCACAAUCCAGUCCUCCUCACUUAUCUGGUUUAGAGCAAAAAGAGAGGGAUUGUUUAAUUUGGUCCAACAGUCUUUCAACAUAAAUGGAAAGAUUCCUUUGGUUCACACAGAGGUCAGGUUAGAAGCUUCAUGAAAAAAAACAAGGAAAUGGUCCUACGAAGAUAUGAAGUUCUUGGUUUUUUACUAAAUGAGCUUCCCUCUGCUGCUCCCGUCUUCAGGUGCGUGAGUACGAGCUGAGAAAGAACAACUUCUCUGAUACCGGAAACUUCGGCUUCGGUAUCCAGGAGCACAUCGAUCUGGGUAUCAAGUACGACCCCAGCAUCGGCAUCUACGGACUCGACUUCUACGUGGUGAGUGGCAAAAAACCUUAACGAGUUGAUGUUUUUGGGGCGUUUCUGUUUUUAAUCAGUAAAUAUAUAUGUAGGCAACUUGAUGCACAUGAUUGGGGAUAGUUGUCCGUGUUUAUUUGCAUAAUUUAAUAAUUGGUGGACUUGAUUCUUUGUAUUCACGUCUUGAGCUUUACUGACCUCUGUCCAAACUUUGUCGCUCAGGUUCUGGGCAGACCCGGCUUCAGCAUCGCCGACAAGAAGCGGAAAACAGGCCGCAUCGGUUUCAGGCACCGCAUCCGCAAAGAGGAGGCCAUGCGCUGGUUCCAGCAGAAAGUGAGUAUUCAAAGAUUCGCACAUUUCUGGGGACAUCUGGAAGUUGUAUCGCUGCUUUACCUGUUUCAUACUUUCCUCUCCUGAAACAGUUGAUUACUCUCUUUUAAUAUUCGUUUCCUUCUCUUUCUAGUAUGACGGUAUCAUCCUCCCCGGAAAGUAAAGGACCUCCAAUUGAUCCUGUUUGUAACAAACAAAUAAAACCUGAAAAAAAUCAACACUUGUCUCUUGUUGUUACUGCGGUCCACCAGAGAUUUUGUGAGUAGUCCUAUAAAGCUGUGCCUCAUCCGUUCAGAUCAGAAAUCAGAACAGAAUUGGAGGGGGCUGCAUUUAUCUGAGUGUGCUCGGUUAUCAAAGGUUCAGUGAAGUUCUCAAGGAAAUGAAAGACUUCUAAAGCUCCAAGUGUUGUCUUUAUACUCGGUGAAACUUAAACUGGCAACCUCAAAAAACGAGGUGUAGACAGAGUGUGAAUCCAGCAGGCGACUACUACAAGUGUGUG